AUGGCAUACCAACAAUUCAUUGAUUUUUCAACAAAUUCUACAAAUCCUUUCUACCUCCAUCCCAAUGAAAACCUUGCACUGAUUUUGGUGUCUCCUCUUCUUGAUGACAAAAACUACCACAGUUGGGCUAGAUCUAUGCACAUUGCAUUGAUUUCCAAAAACAAAGACAAAUUUAUCGAUGACUCUCUUAGCAAACCACCAGUUUCUGAUCCCCUGUACGCGUCGUGGAUUCGCUGCAACACAAUGGUGCUCUUGUGGAUUCAUAGGUCCAUCUCUGACUGCAUUGCAAAAUCAGUGCUUUGGAUUGAAAGUGCUGGUGGAGUCUGGAAGAAUCUUCAGCUCAGGUUUUCUCACAGUGAUAUAUUUCGUAUUUCUGAUUUACAAGAGGAUAUAUACAAGCUCCGUCAAGGUACACUUAGCGGAUUUGGCAUGAUGUUCUCAAAUGAUUGA